ACGUUAAAGGAACACAUUGCACAUGCAUUUAUGAGGUGUAUGCGGUGGGGGCGUGUGUGAGUUGUGCAUUUUCGGUGCAACGAAGAAGGAAAAAAAAAAUCAAAAUCUCAGCUAUAUAAUGUCGUCGUGCCGGCCAGGCCACCGAAUUCAUUCGACUCCUCUCCGAGCUGCCACCGCCCAACGAACCCCACAAGCUAGCCGGCCUUAGCCAUCAAAGCCCAGGGACCACAGCCAUGGCGGCGGCGGCGAUGCAGCGGCGGUGCGCGGCGACGCUUGCGGCGGCGGCGGCGGUGCUACUACUGCUGCUAGCGCUGGCGCCGGCGGGGGCGCGGGCGCAGUCGCCGGCGGCGGCGCCGGGGCCGGCGGGGGGCGGCGGGCUGGACUCGGCGUGCCUGAACGCGCUGCUCAACAUGUCGGACUGCCUGACGUACGUGCAGAACGGGAGCAGGGCGCGGCGGCCGGACAAGCCGUGCUGCCCGGAGCUGGCCGGGCUGGUGGAGUCCAACCCGGUGUGCCUCUGCGAGCUCCUCUCCGGCGCCGGCGACUCCUACGGCAUCGCCGUCGACUACUCCCGCGCCCUCGCCCUCCCCGCCAUCUGCCGCGUCACCACCCCUCCCGUCUCCACCUGCGCAGCUUUGGGAUACAAUGUUCCUAUGGGCCCAUCGCCGGCGCCGUCGCCGGCGGCCGUCUCGCCCUCCGGUGAGGGUCCACAGUUCCCUGGGACCUCGCCCUUCGCCUCGCCGCCGUCGACGGCGACGCCGUCGACAAACCACGCCGGCCGCCGCUCCGGCGACCACCACCACCACCUCGUCGCCGCCGCCGCCAUUGCCGUCGUUGCCGGGAUGUUUUAGGAUCGAUUGAUUCAUGCGCUCUCUCCUGUGCUUAGUUAUCGUUUUCUGGGGUGAUGUGGCCGUCUGUUUGUUUGUUGUAUGAUCUUUUGCUGAUCGUAAUUAAUUCCUUUUUCUUUAAGGCAUAACUAAAUUCCUUUUGAUGUAUUAAACUUGCUGGAUUCCAUGACAUUGUCCUUGCAAGGACGUAUAUACUUACUCUUAUCUACCAGUAGUAGUACUUCAUA